AUGACGAUCGCGACAGACAUCAUCUGCGGUUUUCCCACCGAGACGGAGAAGGACUUUGAGAAUACGAUGGUGCUCUGCAGGAAGUACAAGUUCCCCUCGCUCUUCAUCAACCAGUUCUUCCCUAGACCUGGCACCCCCGCUGCAAAGAUGACCAGGGUUCCUGGUCAAGAAGUCAAGAAACGUACAAAGGCUCUCUCAGAUUCCUUCCGUUUGUACGAGCCAUACGGACAUAAGGUCGGCCAUGUGCAAGAAGUCCUCGUAACUGACGUUUCCCACGACAAGAACUAUUACGUCGCCCACAAUGAAUUCUACGAGCAGGUUCUGGUGACCAAAAAAGGAGAAGUACAUGGGCAAAAUGCUCACCGUCAGGAUUACAAGCGCGACCAAAUUCUCUAUGAUGGGGUAGCCCAUAAACAAGCCCAAGAUGGCGGGACUGACACAGCCGCUGAAGAAAGGCGAGGUAUCCGGGCUACACCAGAGGGAAGCCAAGAUGAUGCCAUACCAAUCUGCUGUCUGUUGGUGGCCGUUGUCGUCAGAUUGAUAUGGAUACUUUUAUAG